GCGGGUUUGCGAGGGGAAGCCGGGCUUCCGUUUCUCUUUUUGGCUCCGUUUCUCCUCAUGGGCUUCCCUUCCCCUUCGGCCCGUGACGUGAGCUGCCGCCGCCGCCGCCGCCUCUCUCCUCCAAUAUGGAUGUUCAGCGCUGAGGAGACGAGCCUUUCCCGCCCACAGGCGUUCAGUUUCAAGGAGCGGGAUGGAGCCUCCUCCUCUUCGCCCACCUCUGCGCUCCCAGAACGAAGUGGGGGCGUCUUGGGAUAGAAAUACAUUGAAAGUUGGAAAAGAUGAAACAACUAAAAAGGAAAAGGAAAAGCAAUUUUAGUGUUCAGGAAACUCAAACACUACUUAAAGAAAUCCGAAAAAGAAGAGAAGUCCUUUUUUCCAAACAACUAAAUACAACCAUUAAUGAGAUGAAGCGAAAGGCUUGGGAAGAAAUAGCAGAGUGUGUGAAUGCUGUGGGUGAAGGAGAGCAAAGAACAGGGACGGAAGUCAAGAGGCGAUAUCUCGAUUGGAGAGCACUCAUGAAACGGAAACGACUGAACACUAACAUCAAGUUGGUGGGUGCUGGUUUUCACCUUCCUUCAUCUGAUUUGGAUGACUCUCUCAAUGAAGAUAUUGAUGAGAAAAUGGGAUUUCCAGGUGAAUCGGGAUUUGAGUGGCAAAGCAUAACAGACUUCAGAGAAGCAGGUGGAUCACUGACUGAGGUCAAAGUGGAAGAAGAAGAGGAAGAUCCACAGAGUUUUGAAUUUCCUAUUGAGGAAGAAGAAGAGAUUUUGUCCUCAGUGUUGCCAGAUUCUAAGAAGGAAAGUGACCUCCCUGAUUUCACCCAUAUAGAAGAAUUUGGAAAUCUAAGCUCUGCUCAGGCUAGGCUGGCCUAUGAAGAUUCCCAUUUGUUGAUCAGCCUGGAGAAGCAGAAGCUAGAGUUGGAGAAACAGCGACUGGAUAUCGAAGCAGAACGUCUACAAGUUGAGAAGGAACGCUUGCAGAUUGAAAAAGAGCGGUUGCGGCACAUUGACCUGGAGCACGAGAGGCUGCAGCUGGAAAAGGAGCGAUUGCAAAUUGAACGGGAGAAACUAAGGCUUGAGGCUUUGCAUGCUGAAAAACCUACCCCAGAGAUGGAUCCCAGCCAGUCUGAAAAACCUGCCUUGCAGCCUUUGGAUCUUGAAACAGAAAAACUCAAAAUUGAAAAGGAGCGCUUGCAGCUUGAGAAGGAAAGGCUGCAGUUCUUGAAGUUUGAAUCUGAGAAGUUGCAGAUUGAAAAAGAGCGUUUGCAAGUGGAGAAAGAACGUCUUCGAAUUCAGCGAGAAGCGCACUUGCAGUGAACUUGGAAAACCAUGAUUAACAAUGCUGUGCUUUGUUACUUGUAUUUUUUUAUUUAGGUUUUUGGUUCCAGUAAAAUUAUUGAAUAGUGUGGUCUUCAAAGCAUUUCACCAACAGAAAAUUCUGUUUUAUGUUGCUUUGAUACCGUGAUUCUUACACCUUGACAGUACUUUUCCUUCUCUUUAUUUUGUUUUGUUUUGUUCGGAGUUAACGUUCAUGUGUUCAGGUUUUAAAAGAAGCUGAGAAAUUGUGCUCAGUAAGUCACUGUGCCUGUGUAAAUGGAGCUUAUAUGUGAAAUUGCAUUUCAGUGUCAGAGAAGAAGUGUUGCCUAUCCUCUUGCAUUCUCUGUUGUAUACCUGUAUGUCCACAUUAAGGAUCACAGCUUAGCUGUAUUUUGUCAUUUUGAGAGUGUUAAUCUAAAUCCAUAGGAGCCUUCAACAUAAAUUUGUGUUUGAUCUGAAGGCUUUAGAGUGAAGCUAGGCCUUACACAUUACAUAGUGUUAAACCCUGAAAAUAAUGCCUUUCAAUGUGAGGUGUAUUCUUGUCAAGAGGAAACUUGGAAGAUCAGACUUUGAGACUCCCAAUAGUUUUCCUACUCAGUAUGUUUGCUUGUAGAAAAUUGAAGCUUUAUGUAUGAAAACAGAUUUCACAAUUUGUUUCAAAGCCAGAACUUCUGGCUUUUGCAGAAAAUGUUUGUGACCCACUUCAACAUUCAUAUAUUUCGGUAGGAAUAUAUCUUAUGGGAGUUCCAUGGGUUAUUUGUACAUGUCAGUUUAUUUAUAUCACUAUGUAAUUACUUUUAUUUUGCAAAUAAAGUGUUAUUUUUUAUUACUGAAAUAAAUACAGCUCUACAGUGGGAGGAAAA